ACGGAAUGUCGUUUUCAAUGAACAUUUUUUUUUUUUUCGAUUUUUCGUCUGUGUUCUGCCUUCUGGUUUAGUUUCACUGGCAAAGGCAAAGCAAAUUUGACCCCACUCUCUCCGCCGAUGACUUUGCGAACCUGAGAAGCGUCUUCUUCACAUAAUUCGCUUUGGUUUGGGGAUUGGCAACCCCUAUUCGCUUCUUCUGAUUCUCCAUCAGGUCAUGGCUGCCACAAAGAUAAUUGCAAUAUGUCAGUCAGGAGGCAAGUUUGAAGCUGGGAAAGAUGGUUGUUUGUUAUAUAAAGGUGGUGAUGCUCAUGCUAUUGAUAUUGAUAAUCAAAUGAAGUUUAAUGAGUUCAAGGUGGAAGUAGCAGAAAUGUUUAAUAUUAGAGCCGAUGCCAUGUCUAUCAAGUAUUUCCUUCCUGGAAACAAGAAGACUCUCAUUACAAUUUCUAAUGACAAGGAUCUACAACGAAUGGUUAAGUUUCAUGGAAAUUCUCCUACUGUUGAUAUCUACAUCCUUAUUGAAGAGCUGGCCAUCCUUGAUGUGUCAAACAUGCCUGCCAGUAGGUCAAGCAGAACAACCUUGUCUGAACCAGUUAAUACAUGUCUGCCUGAUGGUGAUCAUGAUACCAAUCAAAUUGAUACAAGUAUGGAUAUUGUUCAUGAAGUUUCACCCAUUGUCCCUCUUAUUUCCUCAAAUGAUGAGAAGUUUGCUAAAGGGGCACAGCAGUGGCAGAAUACUAUCACCGGUGUGGGUCAACGGUUCAGCAGCGUGCAUGAAUUUCGGGAAUCACUGCGUAAAUAUGCCAUUGCUCAUCAAUUUGCCUUUAGAUAUAAGAAAAAUGACAGUCAUCGUGUAACUGUUAAAUGCAAAGCAGAUGGCUGCCCUUGGAGAAUUCAUGCAUCUAGGUUGUCAACUACUCAGUUGAUAUGUAUCAAGAAAAUGAAUUCAACUCAUACUUGUGAUGGAGCUUUUGCAACAACAGGUCAUCAAGCUACUAGGAGUUGGGUGGCCAGUAUUAUAAAGGAGAAGUUGAAAGAUUUUCCUGAUUACAAGCCCAAGGACAUUGUCAAUGACAUCAAGCAGGAAUAUGGAAUUCAACUUAACUACUUUCAAGCAUGGCGUGGAAAAGAGAUUGCAAAGGAGCAGCUUCAGGGUUCCUAUAAAGAGGCAUAUAGUCAGUUACCUUUCUUCUGUGAAAAAUUAAUGGAGGCUAAUCCUGGAAGUCUUGCCAUGUGCACUACCAAGGAAGACUCAAGUUUUGAUCGUCUCUUCGUAUCAUUUCAUGCUUCAUUGCAUGGCUUCCAACAAGGUUGCCGACCACUGAUCUUCCUUGAUAGCAUUACAUUGAGGUCAAAAUACCAAGGGACAUUGUUAGCUGCAACCGCUGCAGAUGCAGACGAUGGUGUAUUUCCCGUAGCCUUUGCCAUUGUUGAUGAUGCCGAAUCUGAUGAUGGCUGGCAUUGGUUCUUACUUCAACUUAAAUCGGUGCUGUCAACGUCUUGUCCCAUAACAUUUGUAGCAGACAGAGAGAAGGGGCUGAAAACUUCAAUUGGUGAGAUAUUUGAAGGUUCUUUUCAUGCAUACUGUCUACAAUACUUGACUGAGCAACUUUUUAGAGACUUGAAAGGGCAGUUUUCUCAGGAGGUAAAGCGACUGAUGAUUGAGGAUUUAUAUGCUGCUGCUUAUGCAACAAAGCCAGAAGGCUUUCAAAACUGUAUGGAGAGCAUUAAAAAGAUUUCUGCAGAAGCCUACGAUUGGAUUAUACAAAGUGAACCCCAGAACUGGGCAAAUUCAUUUUUUCAGGGUACUAGGUAUAACCACAUGACAUCAAACUUUGGCGAGCUGUUCUAUAGUUGGGCAGCAGAUGCAGAUGAGCUGCCAAUAACACAGAUGGUUGAUGCAAUUAGGGGUAAGAUUAUGGAGUUGAUUGUUUCCAGAAAGGCAAUAUCUGAUCAGUGGGAGACUAAGUUGAGUCCAUCCAUGGAGGAGAAGCUUAAAAGGGAAAACCAGAAAACAAAUUCACUUCAAGUUUUACAAUCAACCUGUAGCACAUAUGAGGUUUGUGGUGACAUAACUGAGGUGGUUGAUAUUGACCGGUGGGAAUGUAGUUGCAAAGCCUGGCAGCUGAUGGGUGUGCCUUGCUGCCAUGCCAUUGCCGUCAUUGUAGGCAUUGGCCAGAGUGUUUAUGAUUAUUGCUCCAGAUACUGUACAACUGAGAGCUACAGGUUGACUUACUCAGAGGCUGUACUUCCAAUUUCAGGCACAGAUUUGAUGGAUGUGUCUGCGUCAAAAGAUACUCAGCUUGUGGUAACAGUAACACCUCCUCCCACCAAAAGACCACCUGGUCGGCCAGCUACAAAGCGAUUUGGAUCUCAAGAAGUAGUCAAGCGCCAUCUACAUUGCAGCCGAUGCAAGGGACUAGGGCACAACAAGUCUACUUGCAAGGAGUAAUUACAAUGCCAGUUUGAGCCAAUGAUUGGUGAAACAGAGAAUUAUGUGUACAACGUAUCUAACUGCUCUUCUGAAGGAAAUGGAAGAAAAUAAAUUAGAAUUACUAUAGUUUUAGUUGUACAAUAUGCAUGGUAGUUCUAUGGUAUUGUUAGCCUAAAUUUAUGAGGUAAGCACUUCUAGUUAUGCUUGGAAUCUAGAAGAGUUUGAUUCUCCCUGUUAGAAAUCUCUCCUUAGUGCGGAAAUGUAUGGCAGACAUAAAAUUAGCGAAGGACCACUCUGUCUGUCACCUGUUUUAUAUAGGUCCACAUCACAUCACAUGGAACCAUCCUAGCUUCAACCGAUAUAUUCCGCUUCCACAUUUGCAACUAGAUUGUAAAUAUAAGGUUUAACUAACAUUUUGGUCUGCUAAAAUUUUAUGAUUCUUUUGUCUAGUCUCCUGUUUUUAUUUUUUCAAAUGCAUUUUUUGUAAUAUAUUUUUUCUUCGGCAAAUGGUUUUUUAC